GGGGUGGCCCUUGAGCACCCUGUGAGGCGAGGCUCGUGGCGUCCGUCCUGAGGCUUUGCUCAUCACCAUCCCAGCCCUCUUCCUUCACAGCUGCAGAGAGGUGACCUGCAGUCGCUGUGAGUGGCCUACGGAAUUCCAGGACAUGAAGGCGCCCUGCGUCUCCCUCUGCCUCCUGGGUGCCGGGCUCUUCCUGUGCUCAGCGCACGCCCGGGGCCUCAGGAGAUGCCUCAUUUCCAUGAACUUGCACCGUGUGGAGGAGAGCUUCCGAGGAAUCAAAACAGCCAUUCAGGCUAAGGACACCUUCCAAAACGUCACCAUCCUGUCCCCGUCGGAGACCCUGCACGGCACUCAGCCCUUAGAUGUAUGCUGCGUGACCAAGAACCUGCUGGCAUUUUAUGUGGACAGAGUGUUCAAGGACCAUCAGGAGCUGAGCCCCCAAAUCAUGAGAAAAAUCAGCAGUCUUGCCAACUCUUUCCUUUACAUGCAGAAGACUCUACAACAAUGUCAGAAGCUGUGUCACUGCAGACAGGAAGCAACCAAUGCAACCAGAAUCAUCCAUGACAACUAUGAUCAGCUGGAGGUCCGAUCUGCUGCCAUUAAGGCUCUGGGAGAGCUGGACGUCUUUCUAGCCUGGAUUGACAAGCAUCAUCGAGGAACUUCCGCUGCCUCAAGACAAGGAACCUGA